AUGACCGAGACCGAUAAAUUGUGGCAUGCUUCUUUCAAGCCUCAUUUCACGACAAGGGACGCACUGAUUUACAAGUCCAAAGACAACAACAUCCGUAGUGAGCCCGAGGGUGGUUGGAUCACCGAUGUGCUUGUCGGAAAUCAGGGAGGCAGAAGAGUGGCCUUGACUUCGCUUCAGGGCAAGGCUGAUUUCGACACAACGGAUACCCAGUCUCUCUUGGGCAACGCCCAGGUAGUGCUGGUCGAUGAAACCCCCCUUGUCAAACACAUUGCGGUCCCGUUCUCGAAGAUUAAAGAUCAACUGGUUCAACGACAAGCGGGUACCGAUGAGCUCGACCUCUACGAACUCGCUCAUGUCUUAUUCGACGAAUAUGAGGAUGAAUUCACUCUCGGCUUGAACCGUCAACAGAAGCACGAUUUUGAAGGGCGCAUUCGCAAAGAUCGACUGUCGAAGUUCCUGGCUUCGUUGGUCUGGAGACGACAUGGAAAUCAAAUCAAGGCAGGGGAGAGACCGGGUGGUGCUACUGCGGCGAUAUUGCAACUCACCGCGAAGAAUGUCAAAGCCGCUUGUGAUGCGCUAAUGCAAGAGAAGGAUUUCCACCUCAUGAUGCUCGUGGCGCAGAUUGAACAAGCGGAUGAUGCGUUCCAGGAGGAUAUGGCGAACCAACUUGACGCGUGGCGCGAGCAGGGAGUUAUUUCUGAAAUGACCGAGGAGAUCCGUGUCUUGUAUGAGAUCCUUGCUGGAAACACUAAUAUUUGUCAGGGCAAGUCGAACGCCCCUAUCGAAGACCGAGCUACGACUUUUGCCAUUUCCGAGAAAUUCGAAUUCGAUUGGAUUCAGGCGUUCUGUCUGUGCUUGUGGUACGGCCGGCAGAAGAAUGCUGACAUCUACGAGGUCGUCAAGGAUUUCCAGGAGAAGUUGACAUCGAACCAGGAAUCAGCCAGUCCCAUCAGCGCAGACGGCAACGAAGAUCCUCUUUGGACGAUGCUGGAGUUGUUUGCGAGCAACGCCAAAGGCAAAGGGGCUGGCGUUGAGAAACCCGUCUUCCCUCAAGCGCUUACUGCAUUGUCUCAAGCAUGGGAUUGCCAGAAGGUGUUCCGUCUGCACCACGCCGUCGCCGCUGCGGUACCUGGUGUCGUGAUCGACCAGCACAAGGCAGAUGAUCUUGCAAUGUGCCUCGCAUUCGAAUACUCGGCCCGCGGCAAUAUCGUUGGAAGCAUCUACGCCAUCCUCCACGUAGGAAACUCGACGAAUCGGAUGAGGCUUAUCAAAGAUCUUCUCGCAAAGCAUGCCGCAGCCCUGCCCUCACCCCCUGAGAGCGACCAGUCGACGUCAGAAACCCAAACCCAGGCUUCAUCACAGCUCUGGACGGCUAUGACGACUUCUUUCAAACUCCCUAGUUCGUGGAUCUUCCAAGCCAAAGCCCUUCUCGCUCGAUCGUCCAACUCGUCACUUACGGAAUUCAAUUAUCUCAUCCUCGCAAAUGCCUUCACCGAAGCCCAUGAUUGCCUGCUCCGUCGCGUGGCCCCCCGUCUCGUCAUCGACGAGGAUUGGGAUACUUUGAAGACGGUGCUGGCCAAGUUCGGCGAAAACAUCCAAGAGAAAGUCGAUGCCGGCGACGGUACAGAAUGGAAGGCUGGCGGGGGUAUCUACUCCGAUUUUGUAUCGUUGAUGGCGUUCAUGGAUUCUUCCACGGGACGGGCACGCUCGAGUAAUGCCGAGAUGGUCGCUAUGCGAAAGACACUUCUUCAGCGUCUCCAAUCUGCUUUGACAUCGUUGAACUCCAAGUUUACCAAUGUCGGAGGGUUGCACAAGGAUAAAGAGAAGCUGGAAGAACGUGUCGCCCUGUGUGAAAUGGGGAGAGCAGUUGCAAGAAUGUUGGAACUCGACAAUGAGAAUGGAAUCGGUCAUAAGAAACCGCUCCUCGAUCUGCCGCUGACGGAGGACGUACGACUAAGUCACGCUCGGGCCUUGGGUGUGGAGUACUAUCGUGGCUUAAUGGCGAUGGCUCGAUGA